GUGAACAAUGUUUCAUCAACAAAGGCCAAACCCCAAGCUUUUACAGAGUUGAUGACAUCUUCCCGAUAUAGCUCCUUUUUUUCAGAACUCAUUCAGUGCACCAAACAGAGAAACCUGCUCCGAGGCCUUACGCUUCACGCUCGAAUAGUUAAAGCCGGUUCAUUUUCCUGCGUAUACCUUUCGAACAGCCUCGUCAACUUGUACGCCAAAUGCGGCGACUUGUUACUGGCCAAGCUUGUAUUCGAUAAUAUACAACACAGAGAUGUUGUCUCCUGGAACUGCAUCAUCAAUGGCUACUCUCAACAAGGCUCCACGGGAUCGUCUUUUGUCAUGGAACUCUUUCAGCGAAUGCGAGCAGAGAACGUCUUGCCUAAUUCCCAUACCUUCGCCGGCGUUUUCACCGCCGCAUCGAAUUUUUCAGAUGUUUUUAGUGGGAUGCAAGCUCAUGCUCUUUCGAUUAAAACCGACAACUUUUGUGAUGUGUUUGUGGGGAGCUCUCUUCUGAACAUGUAUUGUAAAUCGGGUGAUUUGGUUGAGGCUCGUAAGGUGUUUGAUGAAAUGCCCGAAAGGAAUUCGGUUUCUUGGGCUACGAUGAUUUCUGGGUACGCUAUGCAAAGGUCUGCUGUGGAGGCUUUUGAGCUUUUCAAGUUAAUGCGUUUAAAAGAUGAAAAAGUGAAUGAGUAUGCAUUGUCAAGUGUCCUUAGCGCAUUGGCGGAUCCUGUCCUUCUUAGCACCGGUAGGCAAAUACACUGCCUCACGGUCAAAAAUGGGUUAUUAGUGUUUGUAUCUGUUGGGAACGCUCUUGUUACAAUGCAUGCUAAAUGUGGGAGUUUGGAUGAUGCACUUAAGGCAUUUGAAUUAUCAGGUGAUAAGAAUUCGAUUACGUGGUCGGCGAUAAUCACUGGUUAUUCACAAAGUGGGGAGUCCUUAAAGGCUCUCAAGCUGUUCUCAAAUAUGCAUUUUGCGGGGAUCACACCGAGCAAGUAUACUCUUGUUGGUGUUCUUAAUGCCUGUAGUGAUGUUCCUGCCGUUGAAGAAGGAAAGCAGGUUCAUGGUUACUUGUUGAAAUUGGGAUAUGAAUCGCAGGUAUACAUAAUAACAGCUUUGGUUGAUAUGUAUGCGAAAUGUGGUAGUACGUUAGAUGCUCGAAAGGGGUUUGAUUAUUUACAACAUCUAGAUAUGGUUUUAUGGACUUCCAUGAUUGGAGGAUAUGUACAAAACGGGGAGAACGAAAAUGCAAUGAAUUUGUAUGGUAGAAUGCGGAUCGAGGGGAUUAUUCCCAAUGAGCUCACAUUGGCCAGUAUUCUAAAAGCUUGUUCGUGUCUUGCCGCUUUGGAACAAGGAAAACAAAUCCAUGCUUGUACCAUUAAGCACGGAUUCGGCCUCGAAGUACCAAUCGGAAGUGCUCUUUCAACCAUGUAUGCGAAGUGUGGGAGUCUAGAAAAUGGGAGCCUUGUCUUUAGAAAGAUGCCAUGGAGGGAUAUAGUAUCAUGGAAUGCAAUGAUAUCAGGGCUUGCUCAAAACGGGCAUGGAAAUGAAGCUCUCAAACUUUUCGAUGAGAUGCUGCUGGAAGGAACAGAGCCGGAUUAUGUUACAUUCGUUAACCUUCUUUCAGCUUGUAGUCACAUGGGAUUGGUGGAAAAAGGUUGGGAUUAUUUCAACAUGAUGUCUGAUAAGUUCAGAAUUGUUCCAAGAGUAGAACACUAUGCCUGCAUGGUCGACAUCCUCGGCCGUGCAGGAAAGCUCGAUGAAGCUAAGGAGUUCAUUGAAUCAGCCACCAUAGACCACGGCAUGUGUUUAUGGCGUAUUUUAUUAAGCGCUUGCCGGAACUUCCGGAACUAUGAAUUGGGGGCAUACGCCGGAGAGAAACUAAUGGAGUUGGGAUCUCAAGAAUCAUCCGCAUAUGUCUUGUUAUCCAGUAUCUACAUCGCCUUGGGCAGGCUGGAAGAUGUGGAAAGAGUCCGGAGAUUGAUGAGACUUAGAGGAGUGAGUAAGGAACCAGGAUGUAGCUGGAUCGAACUAAAAGACGGUGUUCAUGUGUUCGUUGUGGGAGACCAGAUGCAUCCCGAGAUAAAAGCUGUACGUGAAGAGCUGCUGAUCUUAAGCAAACAACUUAAAGAUGAAGGUUACCAUUACCAACCCUUUUCUGAUUCAGUUUCUGAAAAUACUUAUAAAGAUGAGGAACUAAUCGCUGCUUUUAUGUGAUAAUUUGUUUAAUUCUUUGGCCAGCUAUUGCCUACAUUUUUCUCAUAUAACAACACAACUUUAGCAUCAAGAUUUGCCAUUUGUUUAUAUCUUUCUGAAAAAGUGGCAU